ACCUGACGCGUUUCUUUCUACACUUGACUAAUAUCUCCUUCCCUCUCCGUUCUGCGAAUAUCCUUAUUGUUGUUAUGUACCCUUGUCGUAUUGCUUGUCGUUGGUCGGUAUUUUUGUCAAUCGCGCUGUUAAACUUGGACUUUAAUAUUAAGAUCUUGAAAUUCGAGCACCAUGCCUAUUCUGUACAGUGUCAUUGCCCGUGGCACAACAGUACUUGCUAAAUAUGCAGCUUGUGCGGGAAACUUUGCAGAGGUGACAGAGAUAAUCAUGGCGAAGAUCCCUCCUGAAAAUUCCAAGAUGACAUACUCUCACGGAAGUUAUUUGUUCCACUAUAUUUGUGAAAAUCGUAUCAUCUAUAUGUGCAUCACCGAUGAUGAAUUUGAGAGAUCAAGAGCAUUUCUUUACUUAAAUGAAGUGAAGCGUCGCUUUCAAACGGCCUACGGUUCCCGAGCUGACACAGCAAUUGCUUAUUCUAUGAAUAACGAAUUUUCUCAAACCAUGGCCAGUGAAAUGAAACACUUUUCUGAGUCUCGUGAAGUUGACACUAUUUCAAGAGUUCAUGGAGAGUUAGAAGAGGUGAAAAGUAUAAUGGUUAAGAAUAUUGAUAACAUAGCUGGAAGAGGUGAACGUUUAGAGCUUUUGGUGAAGAAAACUGAAGAUUUGAGUCAGAACUCUGUGACCUUUAGAAAGACAAGUCGAAAUCUAGCCAGAGUCAUGUUUUGGAAAAAUGUAAAACUUUAUGUGAUUGUCGGAGUUGUGGCCUUGGUAAUCAUUUAUUUCAUCGUGUCAAUGUCCUGUGGCGGCUUGACUUGGAAAAAUUGUGUUUGAUAAAUUUUAAAACUGCAAUUCCUUUUUCUACUUUUACAAUUUUGUGUGUUGCUCAGUGAAAACUAUCAUUUCCUAUUUGCAUGUCAUCCUUAUAAAAGAAGCAUCAUUUUAUUAACCCUGUAUAGCUACCAUAAAUCCAGAGUAUAUUUACACACCGGUGAUUUGUAGACCUUUCCUUUGAAUGUAUAUAAUGCUAAGAAGAGGAAAAAAUAAUGCUAGUACCAAGCCAUGAAAUAAACUACAAGACUGCUAGAGUUAGCACUAGUGUAUUAUGAAUGUAUUAACAUCCUGAUAGUUUGAAAUAUUUGAGUUAUCUUAUUAUUGAAUUUAUCAUUUAUUAUAUGUGUACUUCUAUGCCUUGCAGAAUGUAAGUACAGUAAGUGAAAAAAAAAGUGAAGAAGUGAAAAUGUGAGUUAUGAUUUAUGAAGAGAAAAUUUGCUUUAGCAAUUUGUUUCACAUAUUAAUCAAUUAUCUAGCAUAAACAUCAUCUAUUAUCGUUAUAUUUUCAGACAUAUCUCAAUCUGCAAUGAUCAAUCAAAAUGACGUCAAUUUACCGUAAAUUCAUCAAAGUACAAUCAAAUUUGGGUGUUUUGAUUGAUUAUUGCAGACAGGGUAUCUCUGUCACUAACUUGUCUCUAAAAUUCUAUGCUUUAUGAAAAGCGUCUUAGAUCCGCCAGACCAUUAUAGACCACACUAGCUGAGUCUCCGUGGUUAGCUGUAAAAAUAUCGAAAACACACACAAAAAAACAAAAAAACAAACACAUCUGUGAUGAAAAGAUCAUGAACUGUGAAGAAGAGAAUCUAGAAAUUGUUUAGAGUUGCUUUUCAUAUUAUUUUAAACUGUUGUAAACCAUUUUAUGAGUCAUUAAAUUUAAAUUAAAAGAAACCAAAA